UUGAAAUUCAUAACUGGACUAGCAGUGUUUGUGAUAAUAACGAGCUUUUGUAUAGCUGCUAUUCGAUUUGGCGCUGACUACCUUCUUCGCAGACACAAUUCUAUUACCUCGACUACUGCCUCCAUCGAAACCGACAGCACAGUGACCUCAUCGUUUUCGGCCCAAGCAGACAUAACGGCCCCUUGGUAUCGGUCGACAGUCGAGUUCUCUGCUUUCUAUGGCGUACUCAAUAUCUAUCUUACUACUAUGGCUAUUGUCUACUCACCGUCGAAGCACGCACUUGCUGGUAAUUGGGCUUAA